AUGAGGGAUUUAGCAGUUCUUGUAAUGACUCUUUCCUUGAUCCACCAUGUGAAAUCGCAAGAGAACUCUGAUUCCGGUUCCAAAUUCCCCCACCUGAACUUGAGUCCGGCGGUUAUCAUAGGAAUUCUCUCUGUGAUGUUCACUCUGAUUCUUCUUGUUUUGGUCUAUGUAAAGUUCUUUUACCGAAUUCCGCUCGAGCUCCCGAGGCAUGAAAACUCCAACUCCACUGGAGUGAAGUCAAGAUCUUCAGGGUUCGAGAAAAGUGCAAUCGACGCCCUCCCUUUCUUCAGGUUCUCCUCGUUACAAGGAUCAAAACAGGGCCUAGAGUGCUCAAUUUGCCUUUCGAAGUUCCGGGAUAUUGAACUCCUCCAGAGCCUGAGAUUUGGUCAACAUUCUUUUAACUUGUCAGAGAAUCCUGGCCUUCCAGUCUUCAUUCAGAGAGAACAGGACGAUCAGGAAACAACGAGGCUCGGCCUCGGAAGCAGGACUUGUGAUUUCAGCGAGAGCAACAGAGUUGGUCAUCCAAAUUCCUUUCACAAGUUUAAGCAUAAGAUCAUCCUCUCUGACAUGGCUAUCAGGAACAGGUGGAGUGAUAUUAACUCUUCAGAUUUGCUGUUCCUGAGCUCGGAGAUGCUUCAUUAUUCAUCAAGCGAGAGAUUUUCACCCUUGGAGUCGAGUGAUGGAGGAGUUGACCGAAACAAAAUAAGCCGAAGCCAUAGUAUUUCAAUUUUGAACCCGGCUUCAUCUUGCUGUUGUGAAGGUACCGCAGCACAGUUCACUAACGAUGCUAGCGAGAAGAGGUCCAUGUCCGAGAUAGUAGGCUUUUCGAGAUUCGCCUUCGGCAUGAAGAACGGGUCUCAAGAAUCUGCAUUUAGCGAGCACGGUCAAAGAGAGGAGCAAGCGAGGAGGCUUUGGCUGUCUAUAGCACGUCAAACGGUUCGAUCAUUUGCCAGAAAAGAAAUUAGGAAGGAUGCAAAUGUAUCAGAGAAAAGCACAGAUCAACUUUGCACAUGA